AUGUUUGUGAAUGCUAUACCUUUGCGAUGUCAACUCGAUCCUCAUUUAUCAUUUCAUAAAGUCACCAAACAUGUUCAAGAUAACAUGAUAAACUGUAUGAAAUAUUCAUAUUUUCCUCUUCAACGUAUUCUCAAUCAACAUCCAAAUAUAUCAAAUCCUGUAUUUCUUGAUACAUCGUUUGAGUUUCUAUCAUCUACAAGAAGAGAUGAGAAGAAUGAAAUAAUGAUUGGUGAUAGUCGAUUUUCUUUACUACCUUAUUCAAUUAAGAUUAGUGAAGAUGAAAUAAUGAGUAAAUUUGAUUUCAUUGUUAGUUUUCAACAUGAUCUGAAUCUAAAUGAAUUCUCAUGCACAAUCGAUGCAUCGCUUGAUCUAUUUAAUACUGAAACAAUUUGUGUAAUUGCACAAAGAUUACAGUCAAUGUUACAUCAACAAUUCACAUCUUUCGAGUGUAGAACAAACAAACCGAUCUAUGAAUUAUCAUUGAUAUUAUCAAAUGAACAAUAUCUAAUGCAAUCGGUGAACAAUACACAAAUGUCAUUUUCAUCUCCUCUCACUUGUAUUCAUCAUGAAUUUGUAUAUCAAGUAAUGAAACAUCCACAAAAGCUAGCAGUUGAACUAGAUGAACAAUCAUUAACAUAUUGUGAACUUCUAUAUUAUGUUCAAGUGUUAUCUGUUACUCUUCUUAAUGAAUAUCAUGUAUUUCCAGGUGAGAUCGUAUGUCAAUGUGUUGAGCGAAGUUUGUCAAUGGUGAUUGGUAUUAUGGGAAUUGAAAUGGCUGGUGGCGUUUACUGUCCAUUGUCAGCUCGAGAUCCACAACAUCGUUUGCAUGCACUAGUAGAGCAAACUCAAAGUCGUCUUGUACUCGCUCACCAUUUCACAACGUUAAAGUUUUCUAGUGAAAUCGUUUUAUAUAACGUAGAUUUAAUAUGGACUGUAGGUCAUACUAAGAGUUCUAUAAUUAUGGAUCGCCUUUCGGAUAUUGUAGUAACAAUAGACAAUAUUGCAUAUAUAGUUUUUACGAGCGGUUCAACAGGAACAUCGAAAGGAGUACAAAUUCGUCAUCGAAAUUUGUUGUCUUGCAUUGAUGCUCUGGUUCGAUUGAAUUUAUUCACAAAUAAAGAUACUAUGAUACAAAUGGCAAGUUGUUCAUAUGAUGUGCAUGCUCAAGAAAUGAUGGGAGCUUUAGUCACUGGAUCAACCAUUAUAAUGCUUCGUCCUCAAGGAAAUAUGGAUUUAGACUAUAUGACGAAGACGUUAAAUGAAAAACAAGUAUCAUAUCUCCAGUGCGUACCAGCAUAUGCCAAUGCUUUGCAGGAAUUUCUUCAGAGUCGCAACAUUCCAAAUUUGAGUAGUUUGCGUACUGUUGAUAUCGGUGGAGAAACGAGUACAGUUCAACUUAUUGACAAGUUGUAUACAUAUCUGCCACAAGCCUGUUCUGUAUGGAAUUUGUAUGGUCCUGCCGAGACAACUGUCGACUGCACAAGUUAUGUCAUAGGUAGAAGUCUAAAUCUGAUCAACAUCCCAAUUGGAUGCCCACUACCCAACUAUCGAUGUAUGAUUAUGAAUCGAUAUUUAGAAUCAUCUUUUAGCGGCCAAGAAGGUGAACUGUGUGUAGGUGGAGUGGCUGUGUUUGCUGGUUAUCUUGGACGUGAUGAUUUAACGGCAAAAGCUCUCGUUGAAAUAGAUGGCGAAACAUUUUAUCGAACAGGUGAUCUUGUUAGACUAGAUAACUAUGGUCUUCUUCAUUAUCAAGGAAGAAAAGAUCAUCAAAUCAAACUACAUGGACAACGAAUCGAACUUGGUGAAAUCGAACAAUGCUUACUUCGAACAUCGAUUUCGGCUUGUGUUGUCAUGAAAUGGAACGAUGAUCAUCUAAUUGCUUAUGUUCAAUCAUCUCAUAUCAACGAAGAACAACUACGUCAACAUUGUCAAUCUCAUCUUCCACCACAUAUGAUUCCUUCUUUCUUUAUUAUUCUUGACAAGUUACCUUUGAAUCCAAAUGGAAAAAUAGAUCGAAAACAACUGCCUUCACCCGACUUUUCUCUAUCGACUUUGUUAUCGUCCGAUAAAUCUGAUACUUCUCUUAGCCAGUUCGAAGAGCAGAUACACAUUAUUUGGUGUCAAGUUCUUCAUUCUAAUCAAAAUCACAUUGCUAGAACGACCAGUUUUUUUAGUGUCGGAGGCCAUUCACUUUUAUUUAUUGAACUUUAUCAUCAUUAUCAAUCAGUAUUUAACUUUGAUGCUCAUUCACUUUCGAUUGCUCCAUUUCUUCAACAACCAACGAUAUUUCAACAUUCACAA